AUUGUGGGAGCUUGGUUGAUGGUGGAGUAGAGGGUCUGACAGCUCUCAAACACAGUGGGGAUGUUACUGCACUGAACCGUAGUAAGUCAGAAAAGGUGCCACGUUACCAAGCACAUAGUGCCGGAUCCAGUCUUUUCUCCUGGUUUGAGGAAGACUGUAACCUAGAGACAUGUCCUCGAGCACCAGCACCCCCGAGGCCGUCAAGAAGCUGCUGGAGAAUAUGCAGAGUGAUCUGCGGGGCCUGUCCAUGGAGUGUAAGAAGAAGUUCCCACCCGUGAAAGAGGUAGAACCGUCUGACAGUACAUGACACAUCUUCUGAUCCACAGUUAUAUAUAAUACACGUGCGAGCGCACACGCACUGUUUAUAUUCACUGAACCAAUCAUUCAAAUAUAUCUAGUAGUGAUUUCUCACACAUCCUGAUGCCCAGUCACUCAACCUCAUACAUUCUGAUGCCCGGUCACUCAACCUCACACAUCCUGAUGCCCAGUCACUCAACCUCACACAUCCUGAUGCCCAAUCACUCAACCUCACACAUCCUGAUGCCCAAUCACUCAACCUCACACAUCCUGAUGCCCAGUCACUCAACCUCACACAUCCUGAUGCCCAGUCACUCAACCUCACACAUCCUGAUGCCCAGUCACUCAACCUCACACAUCCUGAUGCCCAGUCACUCAACCUCACACAUCCUGAUGCCCAACUACUCAACCUCUCAUAUCCUGAUGCCCAACUACUCAUCCUCAUAUCCUGAUGCCCAACUACUCAUCCUCAUAUCAUGAUGUCCAACUACUCAACCUCUUAUAUCCUGAUGCCCAGUCACUCAACCUAUCACAUGCUGAUGCCCAGCCACUCAACCUCUCACAUGCUGAAGUCCAGCCACUUAACCUCUCACAUGCUGAUGCGCAGCCACUCAACCCCUCACAUGCUGAUGCGCAGCUACUCAACCCCUCACAUGCUGAUGCCCAGCCACUCAACCUCUCACAUGCUGAUACCCAGCCACUCAACCUCUCAAAUGCUGAUGCCCAGCCACUCAGCCUCUCACAUGCUGAUGCCCAGCCACUCAGCCUCUCACAUGCUGAUGCCCAGCCACUCAGCCUCUCACAUGCUGAUGCCCAGCCACUCAGCCUCUCACAUGCUGAUGCCCAGCCACUCAGCCUCUCACAUGCUGAUGCCCAGCCACUCAGCCUCUCACAUGCUGAUGCCCAGCCACUCAGCCUCUCACAUGCUGAUGCCCAGCCACUCAGCCUCUCACAUGCUGAUGCCCAGCCACUCAGCCUCUCACAUGCUGAUGCCCAGCCACUCAACCUCUCACAUGCUGAUGCCCAGCCACUCAACCUCUCACAUGCUGAUGCCCAGCCACUCAACCUCUCACAUGCUGAUGCCCAGCCACUCAACCUCUUAUAUCUACAAACCCAGAUACCCUGCAACACAUUUUUACAAACCCAGAUGCCAAGCAACACCUACUCCCACAAUGCCCAGCCAUUCAUUCUCUCACACCCAGAUGCCCAGGCAUUUAUUCUCCCUCACCCAGAUGCCCAGGCAUUCAUUCUCCCACACCUAGAUGGCCAACUACACAUCAUUACAAAACCAGAUUCCCAAUCACUCAUCCUCCCAUACGAAGAUGGCCAGCCACUGAGUAUUACAUUGUGCAUCCUGAUGCCCAGCCAAGCAGCAUAAUAUACCCCGAUACCUAGCCAUGAAACAUCAUGCACCCUUAUGUCUAGCCACUUAUCCUUAAACACCUUAAUGCUAAGCCAGACAUUAUCUCACACCCUGAUUCAUAGCCACUCUUUUUCAUUUUUCAAAGAUAACUUGAUAUACAGUCACUGAUACCUGAAUCCUUGUCCACCAUGAGACCCAAUCACUUGUCCAAACAUUCCAAUACUGUUACUUGGCCACGCAUAUAUUCUGAUACCAAGUCACUUGUCCACUAACAUAAUUCGACACCCAGUCUCUUAUCUGCACAAUCAUUCAAAGGCCCAGUCAGUCAUCUUCAAAUUAAGUCAUUUAUUCACAGACUACCUGAUAGCCAGCUACUUAUUAUCACACACUCCGAUAGCCAGUCACUAAUCUUCCCAUUCUGCAGUAACUUGUCACUCUUCUUCACAUACCUAGUUACUUGUUCAGACUUCCUGAUAUCAAUUAAUUUUUCUAGGCAACCCUUGAUACCCAGUCACCUGGCCAUAGCACCCUAAUACCCAGUCACCAAUCCACCAUCUGAUAAGCAUACAUUCUCAGGAAAAAUUCACUUCCUAGUAUCCCUUGUAUUCUAAGCAAAAUUCCUAUUCAAAUAUCUCAAUUCUAUAUAAAUUACCCUGACGCCAUACACUUUCUUAUUUCUUUAUCAGACACCCUGCCACCUCAUGGUGUAUGCUUGACAUCCAUUGCAUUUAGAAUUAUUUUAUUUUGAGGACUGAGAAAAAAGUACAAAGUAAAAUAGAUGUAUUAAUGUUUUGUAAACAUUUAAGAUAUAAAAUAAUACAAACUCUGUUCUAUCAAGAUUAUUAUAACAUAUAAUAUUGAUGUACUCAUAGAAAUGUGCUCACAAUAAUAACAUUUAGACACACAAAGCAAAAUGGGGAAAGCAUGUCUUGUACUUUAAGGGUUAAUUGCAUGAUAGAACAGGUUUGUCAACAUAAGGCAUGGGGCUAAUAUUUCAUUUUUGUUUUAUUUUUUGAUUCGUUGUAUGUUUCUGUUUCUUUUAAGGUUUGUGACACCUUAUCUUGAUUACUAAAAGGUCAUUAUUGAGAUAUUACACUGCAGCCAUACAGUAUUCAUGAUACAUUUACGCUCUUCAACAAAGAAUAUAAAGAUAAAUGAAGUAUGUUUGAUAACACA